AUGCGGCGCACCGAUUCUUCCUCCUCUCGUCCUCCCGAUCGGAUAUUUCUCCUCGUAGACGUUUCCUCUAAAGCGAGGGUGUCGGUUUCGGUCGCGAAGUUGUUCGUCAAGCGUUUCUUGGCGCCGAGAUGUGAUGUUUUUAGCGUCGAUGAUGAUUCCGAUGGGAACGAGGUAAACGACGAGAGAGGACGACGAGUAAGACGACGAAUGAAGACAAAGAAGACAAAGAAGGAGAGGAUGCUGUCGACGACGUGCACCGAAACCAAGUUUUGCGCGAGAUUUUACGACGCGUCGAAAACGCCCUCGCAGAUGGAUGGAUUCGUGAGACGAGCGAUUGUGCAACUGCAAAGAGAAGACGAAGAAGACAAAGAAGAGGAGGAAGAAACGAAUACUACUACUACUACGACGACGACGACGACGACCACCACGAACAGUUCUCUUCUCGGUGGCGCAGGGCAGGGUCACAAAACACGAGGAGGAUUUAGCGGGUUUCGUGAGAAAAAGAAGACAAAGAAGAAGAUGAUGAUAUCCGAGUCGUCGGCGGCGAUUGGCCGCUUCCGUUCGAUCACGGCGGAGAGCGCGGGACGGUUUUUACGUGUGUACGAAAAGUUGACGGAGAUUCUGGAGUAUGAAAACGACCACCAAGAAGGAAAGAUGAUGUUGAGUGAUUGCGUGGAAAAUACUAGGAGGAGCGGUGAAUUGAAAAGGCAGAAGAAGCGAGAGCGAUUCGGGAACUUGGCGAAGCACGUGUUGCAAGCGCUGGCGGAUAUGGAGAAACCGGAUGAAGAAGAAGAGGAAAACGAGGAGGGAGAGGAUGAUGAUGUCGAGGACGACGGCGAGGACGAUGAAGUUGAUGCUUUUAUGACGAACGCACUCUCGGAUGAUUACGAUGAAAGUGAUGUAGAAACGAGCGAUUCGGAUGAUACUGAAGAAAGAGACGGCGCCAUCGCCGGUAUCACAGAGAGUGACGAGGAUGAAGACGACGACGACGACGACGACUUGGACGAGGAUGAAGCGAGGAAGAAGAAAUACUCAAUGCUCGUCGUUUUGGCAAACAUGGAUGGUGAUGACGACGAUAAUGCGGAUAUUAAUGUACAAUCAGAGAAACAUAAAGAACAUAGAAUUGAUCAGGGAGUCUUUGCCGGCUUCCGCGGCGUUGAGACACAAUUGAAGCGCGAGAAUAUCCGAGCGCACUGUCUGCGACUCGCGACGAACUAUUCUGUUUCGAACGAUGGUGAUAACGACGAUGUGCGAGAAUACUUCGCGUUGUUUCGCGAACGAUUUGGCGGUUGUGCGGCUCGCGCAGACGCGGUAACGUCAGCAAUUACCAGCGUUCCAUCGUGUUGGCUUUUGAAUGAUUUCUUACCGAGCGAUACCAUCGCGAACAAGAGCGAUCCUUCGCCGUCGAUGACAAAAAGGGAGACGAAGACGAUGAGAACGGCUGAAAUUUUCGUUCAAUGCGGCGACGGUCGCGAAGUUUCUCUGAGUAUGGCUUCAUCUUCUUUCCAGAAUUCUAACACCGGUGUGAAACAAAUAAUCAUCAAAGCGUGUCUCGAUCGUAACGCAGUAUGUUUAUCGAGUUUAGAUUACGCGAAAACGACGAUAUUACACGUGAACGAUGGAAACGGUGAAGGAUUGCUCCUCGCGUUGGGCGUAAAGAACGCGUACGCCGCGUGUGAACUUAUCGCAGAUUCCAACGAAGAGUAUGGCGAUGUCGAGCAGGACGGAGAGCAAAGAAUAGUAGCGGUUUUGAAACCGUUGACACGAACGUCGUUCAGUUUAACGCCUGCUCUCGCGGACGAGAGUGAAAUCUUUCGAGAAAUAACGGCAAGCGAAGAGGGCGAGCGAAACGCUCGAGAACAACAACAUCAACAGUAUCGUUACAGCUCAGAACAUUUGAGGGAUGCAUUUUCUCUGCUCAGCGGAGGUAUAUUUAAGACGAAAAGGCUUCGAGCGUGCGAAGACGUUUCCAGACUUUUUCAACUGACCAUUGGCGGAUCAAAAAGAAUAUCGCCAACAACGCACACGGCGACAACGACGACAACGACAACGACAACGACAACGAGUUUGACCAAGUACUGCGAAGAAGACGAACCAUCCUUGAACAUCCCAUCGUCACAACGCACGACUUCGACCACAUUCGAAGAGGCGAAGGAACAUUUCGACGACGUCGUGAUGGAGGAAGGUGACUACGAUUCGAAAGGAAAAGAUGAGACGGCCAAUUAUGGGAGAGAAGAAGAUACGACAGGGGAGUACUAUUCUAGCGCGUUUGCAGCUUUGACGACGCGAAUCACGCCAAGAGACGCAUCUGCUUCGGUGCCAAUCGUCGAGCGUCUCGAAAAAUGGUACGGCGUUGAAAUGGAUGGUAAAAAACGCUCUUUUACUUCUUCGGGGACGGCUGCGACAGCGACGGCGACAGCGGGUAUGCGACUGCGUGCAUCCAUUUCCCGUUCUGCGAAAAAGAUCAGGGGAGUUCCACCAUUAAAUGAUGCGACAUCUUCGCUCCUUCACGCGCUUGACGCGCGCUUCGAGAACGAGUUUAUAUCGACAACGAAGAGAAGUUCGGAUGCUGGAUUUGACGGUAUGGUUGACUACGAGGACCCUCGUUCGCCGGGAAAGUUUACGCGCGUGCGCGAUCAAUCCAACGCGUUCGAUUUACCGAAAAGCCCGCCGCUGUCAGCGAUGAAACGGAAAAAAAGAACUGUUGGUACUCCAAACGGUGGUCGCGGCCUUCUCUCGCCUGCAAGGCAAGGUAGAAAGAAACGGCAGCAAACUGCCGCGGUGAACUUUGAAGACGAAGACGACGUGGUGUUUUCGCCGAAGAAAACGUUCAAAAGUCCACGACGAAAAGUUGCAAAGAGCACGAACACCACGCCGGUAGAGAAAAAGAAAGAUACGAAGAUUGAACUUUGGACGGUCGGUCCGGAGCCGGAUUGUUUUACCGCCGCAAAAGGGACGUACGACCAGUUUAUCGAAACCAAAUGCGCGAAACCGAACGACGAACGAGAUCCAGAUUUAGGAGCGUUUUCGAGAAAUAUCGUCAAAAGACUCGCGGUUUCGCUUGCAAAACGCCGAUGUGUCGUAGACCAGGCGAGCAAUAGCAAAGCAUGGGGUGAAAUUUUAAGAGAAACCAAGGAAACUUUGUGCUUGGAUCGAAAGGAGUUGAAAUCGAAAUUCUCCGCCGGAUCUAUGAAGCUGCAAGAAAACAAAGGAUUGAAGAGACGAGAAUAUCUCAUUCAAAUUCAUUUAAAACUGACUUUGCAUGCGAUGCGUUCGAUUAAAGGCGACGAGAUACCGUUCAUUGCGAAUAUGAAACCGGUGACCAACAGCGCAUCUGGAGCGAAAAAGACCUCUCGGAAGCAGCAAGAAAUCCAAGAAGAUUCUGCUUCCGCCAAAGAGACGGCGAAAGCGGUCACAAAGCUCGUCAAGGAAAUAUUCUUCCUUCUUGGACUCGAGGAAGGCACAAAAACACUUCUUGAAUCCGACGUGGAACCGUAUUACGGCAAGUUCUGCCCAGAAUGCAUCGGGAUGAUAGCGCACGAUCUCAACGUUUCGACAAAAUUGACUUCUCGAUACCAACUCGUCGUCGGAAAGAAUAAUCUCAACGUUAACGAAGAUAAAAGCGCCGCUGCGAAAAAGAGCAGUCUCGUUCCGUUUUCUCCACCACCGGUGGCAAAAAAUAAGAAAACUCUGACGCAACAUCAACAGACGGUCGGUCUCCGUCGUUCGCCGAGAAAGUUGGGUGGUGGUGGUGGUCAAACGAAUUUGAACAGCAGCACCGCUUUAGCGCUUUCGCAUCAUCACCAAAAGGCGCAACCGUCGACCUCAUCCGCUUCCUCGGCGUUUCAACAACAAGCUCGAAAGAAAGUUCUCAACUCGGUUCGCUCGAAUCAAACGCGCGUCAUAGAGCAUAAACCGCUCUCGCCGAGAACGAAAGCUGCCCAACAGAAGAGAGAGCGUCAAAACGAGGCGUCUCGUUUGCAAACUAGCAACAGACACGGUGCGAGUAACAGAAAUGUAUACAUGCAACAGAACGCCAUGAUGGGAGGUUUGAACACCGUUUCUAAGAAUAGGUUCGCGAAGAACACGAAUGGUACCGUUAUCGGCGCCUCUCGAAAUGGCGGCAUUAAGCCUCGACAGUUGACGCACGCGUUUUCUCAACAGCCUUUACAAACGCCUUUGCCUCCUUCGAAAAAUGGCGGCAUAGCUCGAGGUGACAGAUUUGCCGUGCAGAGCACGCCUUUAACAUCGCACUUUGGUGGAGGCAUAGACGGUACCCCGAGAAGAGUUCCAGACACGUGCAAUACCAUCGCCGUCGUCGAAAGCACGCCAAUGCAGACGAGCGGAGGAAGAGGAGGAGGAGGAGGAGGAACGGGCGGGUCGCGUCGAACGAACAACAACGAAUCGUUCACCAUCGAACAAACUCCUCUUCAAAGUAAUCGUCGACCAAAGUUCACCCCGGCCUCCGGUAGUGGUCGCCGGAAACGAGAACUCGAAGAGGUCGUCGCCGAAACGCCGCCCGCCAAAACCGCGGCGGCGACGAGAAGCGGACGACUCGUCCAGGCAGCUUUGGACAACAACAUUAACACUGUCAGCAAUAAGAACAAAAAAUAA